CGUCCAUGGCGAGAACAACUCCCUAACUUGAACUAGGAAGUAUGCACAAAGUAGGUAUCCACCGGAAAUUUUAUGAACUUAGUCAUCAAUGCGUUAUGCAAAAGAAACCGUCAAGAAGAACCUGCAAGAGCUUUUCGGCCAUUAAGACCGUUUCUAGUCAGAAUGGUGGACACCUUACGCAAUGACCCGCGCACGCGACUGGUUGACCGAUCCGGAGUCGCCGCGCGGACAACAGCCUUAUUAUGGGGAAUGGCAUAUUGUGAACGCCUUAGGCCAGGUCGACAACGUUCUUCCCAGGGCGUUAUUCUUAGUAUUAUCUGUGUCAAUGCGGUAGUUCCUCUCCUUUCCAUAAUUACAGACAUCUUGAAUCAUCUUUCAGUCUUUCUCCUCACCCACUACCAAGUAUUCGAAUUUCUUUUAACUUCACCCCGUCAUCUCCUUGCGUUUGUUCCCCUCCUUCUAUUGUCCUUGUCAAGGAACCUUUUCCCUUCUCAUAUUCCCCACCUGGCUUAUCAACCCUCAUCACUACGCUAGUUUUACUGUCAAGUCCCGGUUUCUGCACGGUACCCCCGAAGAUACGAUUCUUAUUCCUCAACCCUCCCCUCUGUCUCAGGGGGAAGGCCUCGUUUGAUCCGUAACCGGCACUUCCGAUUGACAUAGACACUCUUAGUUUUUUUUGAGAAAUUUUUUAGUCAUUUCCAGCCGCAAGUGUCUCAAAAAAAAUAUUAAAAAAA